AUGUCGACCACUAAGCCAUUGGGACCUUUCAAGCUCGUUACCGUCAACACAGCACCUGAGCGUGCUUACAGGUUGAUCGGCCGCGUUGUCGAGAACGUCAAGGACAAGUACACAAUCAUCCACGCUGGAAAUGCAGACAACCAAGAACAAGUUCGCGAAGUCGUUACCAGAGAGCAGCCGGACGUACUGACGGCCAGUNUCACAGCAUCCAUGUGGACACCAGAGGAGGCCAAGAGCAUCCAUGCCGAAGCCAAAGAAAUCAUGGGUCCGCAACUAAAGACUUUCGCUCUGCCCCAGGGACUCCAGGUGUCGAGAGGACCGGAUGCUGUGGUCGAGUUCAUCGAGGAGAACUUGCCCGCUCUACUCGAGGGUUAG